AUGGCCGACUAUGGCAUAGGUGCAACGGACGAGAUCGCGAGGCUCUCGCUCGGCCAGGAUGUUGCCGAGCCAGAGCCGUCGCCGCCGCCCAACAUCACGAGCCCCGGCAUAGUCGCCGUCGACAUAACGCAAAAGUUUGCCCAGGCUGCGAAGACCCUGGCGCCGGGUGAGCUGGUUAAAGAUGGCUUCUUCACGCUCUUCGAGUCUGUCUCGGCCCUUGAGAUCAUGGACCCAAAGAUGGACAGCGGUUGCGUCAAGCCUGGGGAUGAGUUUGAGGAGCUGUUCGACGUAUCACGUGCGCUGGAUCCUCAGGAGGUCCUCGGUGUCAUGGACCAGCUGCUUUGCCAUGAGAUGUCCUGGCACCUAGGGUACCCUCUGGCACAGACAAUCCUUACCAGCGUCUACGUCGAGGCCCUCCUGAUGCCCGUCCCUUCCUCGAUAGACCAGGCCUACUUUGUUCGCCAUGGGAAGCUCGACGCCAACCGACAGCCGAUGCUCCAAGUCCUGCGAGCGUAUUGUCUUGGCAUGCUCAAAGCAUGUGGCUAUGAAGAGGAUUUCGUCACAAACACGUACCAUCGCACACUACUCACCAACAUACCCACAAGUGAUGUCCAACAGUCAUUGGCUGAAGCAAAGGGCCUCCUCACUUCACAGCGUGCCUCAAUCGGAGAGGAGCUGGCUGACGCUCUCACAAGUCGUCUAGAGCUGCGGCGGAUCUUUUUGGACGCAGCCGAGUGCCCCCAGCAUGUUAAGGACGCACCAAAGGCACGGCAGCCCUGGGAAGAGGCCCAAGCUGUGUUGCCUAAGAUAAGCGCGACCCACGCCCUGGCCAAGCCGGUCGACGAGGCCUUCAGUGCAAAGCUGCAGCGGAAGCUCGCGAGCACCAUGCCUCCGCGGCCGAUAGUCGAGCUAGGAUUCGACGACGCAUUCGGCCACUUGAGCCGUCUCUUUGCAGAUGGAUUGGAAGUCAUUAGUAUUCUCGACUACGUCGACUCCCAAUGUCUCUUGACCUUUGUCCUUACAUUCCAAGCCAAGAAACCUCAGCCUUUGGUCUAUGUGAGAACACUGCUGCAGACCUUCCUAUUCAACGCCAUGGAAAUCCUGGGAUCCAUGAGCAUCCGCCAACUCCUCGACGACGACUUCUCAAUCAUUUCCCUGCCCGCAAGCGUACUCCUGGACCGCGUCAACGACGAGAUCGAGGCUGUACAAGAUCCGCGGUUCGCCAUGUCGCAGCAAAUGGAAUUCUUCAGACAACGGGCAGCCCAGCCGUUUCUGGACAUUCUCAGGACCGCCUGCCAGAACAGGAGCCGGGUACGACGGACGCUAUGCCACACUAUCCGGGAGUGGGAGAGUCUCCAGGUCGAAGCCGAGGAGAUUGACCAGAUAUUGCAAGUCAAGACAAAGGAGAAGCCCAUGGUGCAUCAGCCGUCGAUGAGCGCCCCGCCCGUCGAGUCGUAUGCGCUGUCAUUAUCAUCCUGGACCUACCUCUACAAGCUGCGGCAGAUGGAAUGGAUCGUGCAGCUGGGCUUCGAGCUGGAGGUCUAUCAGCCGGAUGAGCUCGGCGGGAUGUACUGGUACCUCAACUACUUGUCCAAAUCCCGUCUGCAGCACUCGGAGCGCAUCAAAGGGUUCAUCGUUCACAAGGCCGAGGAGGCACGAUCUCAGCCGCAGAGACCCGACCCUAUGGCCGACGAACAGCUGCAGAAAUCACUCGCCCACACGCGGCUGUCUCUGCUUGACGCCGCCGUGACGUGGGAGCUGUCCGACGCGCUGUGCUGCCUGUACACGGUCUUGGGCCGCCUCGACUUGGUCAAGCCGCCCCCCAGGCCGUAUAGCAACGACGACCUGCGGUACGACCUGCGCAUGAAGCCCUUUGUGGCCGUCGGCUUCCCCGCACUACCCAACUUUCACGAGUUCACUGCGGGCGUGACGCAGUCAGAGUCUACGUCGCAGGAGCUGCUGGAGUACGCAGAGAGGGCCGUGGCGGGUGCCAAACGGGGCUACGAGGCGCUGAGCAAACUGUCGGCCAAGGAAUCUUUCUCGGUAGGCUCGCACACCCGGUGGGCUGCGUCGGUUAAAGGCGCCCUGCGGUCGACCAUAGCCGCGGGCAUCGCGAUUUCUAGCGUGCAAAAGGCACUGUCGAGGCAGACUUCCAAGGGUGGCCCCCUGGGCAUCAAAGCCGAGGUGCCGACCCCUGGCAAGGCAUAUCACGAGUGGUGGAUCGUGCCAAAGAUUGUUCCGGUGGCGCCCUAA